AUGCCAGAAAGCUUUCGAAUGGCAGGAGAAUUAAAUUUAAAAUAUACUGUAACGGACUUUCCUCCACCACUCCAUAGUAUUAGCCAUUUUAAAUUACAAGACGUUUCUUCACCAAUGGAUUUUCACCCUCCACAAAAGCAUCAUUAUUUGCCAAAUUCAUUAUUACCACAUGCUCAUUUUCCUUCAAAUUGGUUUCAUCAUGAAGCAAAAUCGGGAGGCAUUAGACCAUUUAGAACAAAAGUGCAACAUACAUUACCAGAAACUAAUACGAAACAUAUUUGGCAAAGUAGACGACAUUGA